AUGAUGCAAGUGACACAAGGACAAUCAAACGUGGAAUCCCCACCACAUGUGGACUUUUCACAUCCUCAAGUCACUCUGGAAGACCAAAAGUUGGCUCCCUUUGCUGAAUUGAGGAAUUACAAGAGAUCAGAGCGAUUGGACAAGGAGUCAGGAGCCUACUACUACCAGAUGUGGAUGGGACCAACCAACCAACUAGGAGGUGCCCCAAAACAUUUCUUGACUGCAAUCCUUUGCUGGCACCUCGUCAGUAUCCCGGUGGUGGUGCUGUGGAACGCGGAAGUAAAAAUGGCGUCCGACCAGCAGAAAGCGCAAGUUGUGGUGUGGUUCGCUAAGCAUGAAUUGACAUUCUCCGUGCAACGAAAGCCCAGAGGUUGGGAGUUUCAGGAAAUGGCUGAGUGUGAGUUUGGGCAUGUGGCCCUCUACUUGAUAUAG